CGAGUAGCUGACGUCAUUUCCCCUAUUCGCAUAGAGCGAAACAAACAUGGCGAUAGAGUCGAGUGGUCGGGGGUUUACGCUAACUUUAUUCGUGUUUUCUUGUGUUUUUGCGGGCAGGCAAGCCCUGGAGGCGCCGGCGGAGACAAGACUCGGCCCCCGGAUACUUGGCAUGAGGCUGGAGAGGAGCGACACGCCGGCCGGGACCACCGAAAGAGGGGUUAUUCAGGUGACCGAGGGCAGCGACACCCUCUUCAGGUUCUACGGGCUCCGCUUGCGCUCAAACAGCUCUGCUCUCAUCAAGUUUAUGGAACUUUACUCCAGCGAUAAAGAGGAUGAUAAUUUUGGCGCCAUCACGCACCUCUUCAAUAGGACUUGUCCGGAGCACACGAAGGAUAUAGAAGUGAAGGGGUCCAUGGUGGUAACCAACCAGAACACCUCCGGGGUGGUCAGCCUCUUUAUCAAGGAGCUCCGCAAGAGUGAGGCGGUAAAGGUGUUCGGCUUGUGUGUCCGCGACACCCAGGAGAAGGAGGAGACGUGGUACCUGCUGGACGAUAAGGACGCCAGGCUGCGGGUGGUGGAGGUGGCGAAGUCCUUGCUGCCUGUCUGGCUGCAGGUGAUCCUCAUAGCCUUCCUGCUGGUGCUAUCCGGCAUGUUCAGCGGGCUCAACCUUGGGCUGAUGGCGCUGGACCCGAUGGAGCUCCGCAUCGUGCAGAGCUGCGGCACCGAGAAGGAGAAGAAGUACGCGCGGAAGAUCGAGCCCAUCCGCAGGAAGGGAAACUACUUACUGUGCUCGCUGCUCCUGGGAAACGUCCUGGUCAACACCACCCUCACCAUCCUCCUGGACGACCUCACCAAGUCCGGGAUCGGCGCUGUAGUCGCCUCCACCAUCGGCAUCGUUAUUUUCGGGGAGAUCGUCCCGCAGUCGCUGUGCUCCAGGCACGGUUUAGCAGUCGGGGCGAACACCAUCAUGGUCACAAAGUUGUUCAUGCUGCUAACUUUCCCACUGUCGUGGCCCAUCAGCAAACUCCUGGACUGCGUGUUGGGCCAGGAGAUCGGCACCGUGUACAACCGGGAGAAGCUGGUGGGGAUGCUGAAGGUCACCGAGCCGUACAACGACCUGGUGAAAGAGGAGCUCAACAUGAUCCAGGGUGCGCUGGAGCUCAGGACUAAAACCGUGGAGGAUGCCAUGACAGCUGUCGGAAACUGCUUCAUGAUGCAAUGCGACGCCGUGUUGGACUUCAACACCAUGUCGGAGAUCAUGGAGAGCGGAUACACGAGGAUACCUGUGUACGAGCACGAGCGCUCCAACAUCGUGGACAUCCUGUAUGUGAAGGACCUGGCCUUUGUGGACCCGGACGACUGCACCACACUGAAGACCAUCACCAAGUUUUACAACCACCCGGUGCACUUCGUCUUCCACGACACCAAGCUGGACUCCAUGCUGGAGGAGUUCAAGAAAGGUUUGUGGACAUCUUGUCAUGUGGUCAUGCAAGUUAGAGUACGGGGUGCACAACAUCAAAUACUGUGGUGGUGGGCCAGGACAGGCAGAGGCAGCAGAAGGUCUCACCUUGGUAUACUUAUACCUGUAUUUGUAAUCUUACUGAAGUAUAUUUAAAGUACCACAAGUUAAAUUAACAAUCAUACACUAUAAACCGUUUCAGAAUUAUGUUUAUUAUUAGAUUAUAAGUGUCACAAAUACAAACAAACUCCACCUUUACCAGCUGCAGUAUAACCUUAAUCACCUUCUGCUGUGUAGUAACCCUAACAUAUACAAUGUAUACAAAUAAAUAGGUCAAUAUGUCAAUCAUCAGUUGAUUUUAGUGUUGUAUUACAAAUAAUCUCAAUGUGCAAAGUAACCAAAGCUGCCACCUAAACGCAGGGGAGUAAAGAGUGCAGCAUUUGCCUCCAGACUGUAGCUUAAAUAUAUCAAAUACAAUGGAUAAACUCAAGCAAAGAACAACUGUGUUCAAGUUAUACUGAAACACAGUACAUGUUGUACUUAGUUACUUCCCACCUAUGAAAGUAUUAUUAUUAUUUGCUUUGAGUGACAGAACCGUGCUGUUUAUUUUUGACACAGUAUUUGGUUAGUCAGGAUACUCCCACAGGUUGUUUUGAGGCUUAACUUAGUAGUAGUGUUAUACACUUACUUAACAACGUUUCCUGUUUGGCAGAUGUCUUACCAUUGCCUCCUUUUUGCAUUGAUCGUGAUGGGUAAAACACAAAAAGCAGCUCCAGCUGUGUUCAUCCUUUUUUUAGCGAUCAUUCGGUCUGUAUUAUCAAGCAGUAUUAAGCGUCUUUGAGCACUUGUAAAAGCGCUAACAAAUUACAUCUAUUAUUAUUAUUAUUAUUAGAGCUGAGUUUGACCUUUUUUGUGGAGCAGGUCAAACAAUAACUUACAUUCUAGCCUUGGGGAUUAGUCAUUUGUGAAUGUAUCCUUCCUGCAACAGGGUAAAAGAAAGAAAACAUGUGGUCUUUUAUGCUGUUGCUCUUAUCUAGAGUGUCAGAAUGAUGUUCAGUGCAAUGAGACGGCUGUCUUUACUAUGUGCAUCGAGCAUUUUAAUAGAAGGUCAGCUGUCUGUUAGUCCCUCUUGAUGUCAUGGUCAUACACGUUUUAAAUUCUCUCAGGUUCAGGAGUGAUUCUUACUCAAGUUGCCAUAUAUUAUAUUCAACCUGUAGUAGACAUUGUUGGAAGGAUUACAAAGGGAGAAAGCAUGUUCAGUUCCUACAGAGUGAGGGAAAGCAUUGUUGCUAGAGACUAAAGCUGUGUUUUUGACAAAAGUGACUCGGCUGAGAAGUGGUAAUGAGGCUUUGUCAAAAAUCAAAUGUAGCCUCUGUCUUGUUUUUGUAUAGUAUCAAAAACACUUCCCUGUUUUACUUCUCUCUUCUUACCCUUCUGCUUUUCCUCUUUCGAAACACACACACCUUCACAAAUGUGCACGCUCCCUCUCUCAAGAGGCCGUACACACACUGACGCCAUCCCCCGCAGGGAUAUAUUUUUCCUUUUCUCAGGCUUCUCAUCUCAAGGUUACAGACAGUCGACACUCUUGCUGUGUCUAUAACUCAGCACAGUGAGGAAUAAGCGAUUGUGUUUCUGUGUCCGCUCUGGCAUCCUACUGUAAGACGUGACGGUAAAACCUCAAUGAACUUGGUCGGCAGCGUGAUUUGUUUAUACCAAAUAUGAUUGGUAUUAUCUACCGCUGUAUAUGGUCUUUGCGUCGUGUUGUAGCUGUGGUGCGCAGCGCUGUGUGACAUUUGGCCAAGAAACGUCUCUGCGGCUCUUCUUAGCUUGGCUGGCAAGGUGGGAGGCUUUGGCAACAAACUGCAGUACACACACACACACACACACACACACACACACACACACACACACACACACACACACACACACACACACACAGAGCUGCACAGGGAGUUAAAAACAAUCCACGUUUGCUCAAAGCUCGGCAGAUAGAUGAACUUGAAACAGUUAUGAGAAUAGUUGGUGUGUAUAGGUGCUGUGUUUGAGGGUUAUGGCAACU